AUGACGACCGAGAUGCAGGAGAUUGCCAUUACGGAGGAGAAGCCUUUACUUCCGGGUCAGCCCGAUCCCGCAAAGGUCAGAGACUGUACACACACCCACAUGUAUAUACAGGACCUCCCACCCUCUGUCAUACACACAUGCUCGAAACCUCAACUCUCACACAUAUACACAUUAGAUACAUACCCCCUCCUCUUGCCUCAUCAUACAUACAUGCUGUCACACGCUAUCUCCAAAUGCCACAUACAUGCAGGCUGACACAUACAUGCAUAUUCUGUAUCUUGUGUGUGUAUGUGUUUGUGUGUAGUUGCUAGGAUGGCUCAGAUAUGAGAGCUUGGUUGAUGUCAAAGCCCUGAGGGUAUGUGAGGAGAGGCUCCUCUCUCCCUGAUGUUGUUGUACACAGCAGAGCUGGAGAGUAUGGUGGAGAUUUAUACUCUCACUGCUGCCAACUGCUGGCGGUGGACAACUAGGGAAACUGCAGACUCAAAGGCAUGAACCAGGGUCAUAUUAAAAAAAUGGCUCGGAGUAGGAGUGCUGAUCUGUCCAUAUAAUGAUAAUUCAUAUAAUAACUGAUCCGAAAUCACCACUCCUACUCUGAGACUCUUUGUGAAUAUGGGACCAGGACACAUGUCAGUGUGUUGAUACUGUGAAAAGUCUUUGCCAAUGAACAGCUGCAGAUAUUACUUUCACAAUUAGCUUCCCAGGGAGGUUCCCAUAUGUAUUUCACAAUGGUCUUGUGUGGCCGGAAAUGUGUCUUGUUUUGGCUUCUUUUUUAGUCCUGACCUUUAUGGUUUCUAUCCAUCUUGCUAGGAUGCUGAGGCUGCGGCUCGGAUACUGUUGGACCAGGGCCAGGUAAGAUAGUUUAUUUUCCUGUUACUGUAUGUACGGUAUGUGUGUGCAUGUGUCUCGUGUCACGUGAAAGUAUGUUUUCUCAACAUAUGUUUGUGUGUGUAGGUGUUACAUAGUGUAUGUAAAAGUAUGUUCACUGUGUGUAUUAGUGCCUGUAUGUUCAUAUGUGCACGUGUGUGUGUAACUCUCAAUUCAAUUCAAUUCAAGGGGCUUUAUUGGCAUGGGAAACAUAUGUUUACAUUGCCAAAGCAAGUGAAAUGGAUAAACUAAAAUGAAAUAAACAAUAAAAAGUGAACAGUAAAUAUUACAAUCACACAAGUUCCCAAAAAAUUAAGACAUUUCAAAUGUCAUAUUAUGUCUAUAUACAGUGUUGUAACGAUGUGCAAAUAGUUAAAGUAAAAAAGGGAAAAUGAAUAAACAUAAAUAUGGGUUGUAUUUACAAUGGUGUUUGUUCUUCACUGGUUGCCCUUUUCUUGUGGCAACAGGUCACACAUCUUGCUGCUGUAAUUGCACACUGUGGGAUUUCACCCAAUAGAUAUGGGAGUUUAUCAAUAUUGGAUUUGUUUUGGAAUUAUUUGUGGGUCUGUGUAAUCUGAGGGAAAUAUGUGUAUCUAAUAUGGUCAUACAUUUCUCUCUCUCUUUGUCAUCCUCCAGGAACACAGUAUUGAGACGCCUCAUGGUCUCCUCCACGUGACUCUCCAUGGAACCUCCAACACACGCCGUCCUGCCAUCCUUACAUUCCACGAUGUGGGCCUAGACAGUGAGUCUCUCUCUCUCUCUCUCUCUCUCUCUCUCUCUCUCUCUCUCUCUCUCUCUCUCCAUAUCUUCUCUCUCUCUCUCCAUAUCUCUCUCUCUCUCUCUCUCUCUCUCUCUCUCUCGCUCUCUCUUAAUAUGUCUGUCUGUCUGUCUUCUCUCUCUCUCUCUCUCUCUCUCUCUCUCUCUCUCUCUCUCUCUCUCUCUCUCUCUCUCUCUCUCUCUCUCAAUUCAAUUUAAGGGCUUUAUUGGCAUGUUAACAUUGCCAAAGCAAGUGAAGUAGGUCACAAAUCUUGCUGCUGUGAUGGCACACUGUGGUAUUUCACCCAGUAGAUAAGGGAGUUUAUCAAAAUUGGGUUUGUUUUCGAAUUCUUUGUGGAUCUGUGUAAUCUAAGGGAAAUAUGUGUCUCUAAUAUGGUCAUACAUUUGGCAGGAGGUUAGGAAGUGCAGCUCAGUUUCCACCUCAUUUUGUGGGCAGUGUGCACAUAGCCUGUCUUCUCUUGAGAGCCAGGUCUGCCUACGGUGGCCUUUCUCAAUAGCAAGGCUAUGCUCACUGAGUCUGUACAUAAUCAAAGCUUUCCUUAAGUUUGGGUCUGUCACAGUGGUCAGGUAUUCUGCCACUUUGUACUCUCUGUUUAGGGCCAAAUAGUAUUCUAGUUUGCUCUGUUUUUUUGUUAAUUCUUUCCAAUGUGUCAAGUAAUUCUCUUUUAGUUUUCUCAUGAUUUGGUUCGGUCUAAUUGUGUUGUUGUUGUUGUUGGUUAGCGGACCCCAGACCUCACAACCAUAAAGGGCAAUGGGUUCUAUAACUGAUUCAAGUAUUUUUAGCCAGAACCUAAUUGGUAUGUCAAAUGUUAUGUUCCUUUUGAUGGCAUAGAAGGCCCUUCUUGCCUUGUCUCUCAGAAUGUUCACAGCUUUGUGGAAGUUACCUGUGGUGCUGAUGUUUAGGCCGAGGUAUGUGUAGUUUUUUGUGUGCUAGGGCAACGGUGUCUAGAUGGAAUUUGUAUUUGUCGUCCUGGCAACUGGACCUUUUUUGGAACACCAUUAUUUUUGUCUUACUGAGAUUUACUGACAGGACCCAGGUCUGACAGAAUCUGUGCAGAAGAUCUAGGUGCUGCUGUAGGCCCUCCUCGGUUGGUGACAGAAGCACCAGAUCAUCAGCAAACAGUAGACAUUUGACUUCAGAUUCUAGUAGGGUGAGGCCAGGUGCUGCAGACUGUUAUAGUGCCCUCGCCAAUUUGUUGGUAUAUAUGUUGAAGAGGGUGGGGCUUAAACUGCAUCCCUGUCUCACCCCACGGCCCUAUGGAAAGAAAUGUGUGUGUUUUUUGCCAAUUUUAACCGCACACUUAUUGUUUGUGUACAUGGAUUUUAUAAUGUCGUAUGUUUUUCCCCCAACCCCACUUUCCAUCAAUUUGUAUAGCAGACCAUCAUGCCAAAUUGAGUCAAAAGCUUUUUUGAAAUCAACACAGCAUGAGAAGACUUUGCCUUUGUUUUGUUUUGUUUGUUUGUCAAUUAGGGUGUGCAGGGUGAAUAUGUGGUCUGUCGUACGGUAAUUUGGUAAAAAGCCAAUUUGACAUUUGCUCAGUACAUUGUUUUCACUGAGGAAAUGAACUAGUCUGCUGUUAAUGAUAAUGCAGAGGAUUUUCCCAAGGUUGCUGUUGAUGCAUAUCCCACUGUAGUUAUUGGGGUCAAAUUUCUAUAGUGUAUUUCUGUAUUGUUUUAGUGAUUCACCAAAGUGAAGGCGUAGGCUCAGGUUUUCUGGGUCUCUCUGUUUUUGGUUGGACAGGUUUCUCAAUUUCUUUCUUAGGUUUUUGCAUUCUUCAUCAAACCAUUUGUCACUGUUGUUACUUUUCUUCGGUUUUCUGUUAGAGAUUUUUAGAUUUGACAGGGAAGCUGAGAGGUCAAAUAUACUGUUUAGGUUUUCUACUGCCAUGUUUACACCUUCACUAUUACAGCGGAACGUUUUGUCCAGGAAGUUGUCUAAAAGGGAUUGAAUUUGUUGUUGCCUAAUUGUUUUUUCGGUAGGUUUCGACACUACCUUCCUUUCAUCUAUAGCAUUUCUUGAUAUUAUUCCGUUCCUUUGGCUUUGAUGCCUCAUGAUUGAGUAUUGCACUGUUCAAGUAGACUGUGAUUUUGCUGUGGUCUGAUAGGGGUGUCAGUGGGCUGACUGUGAACGCUCUGAGAGACUCUGGGUUGAGGUCAGUGAUAAAGUAGUCUACAGUACUACUGCCAAGAGAUGAGCUAUAGGUGUACCUACCAUAGGAUUCCCCUCGAAGCCUACCAUUGACUUUGUACAUACCCAGUGUGCGACAGAGCUGCAGGAGUUGUGACCCGUUUUUGUUGGUUAUAUUGUCGUAGUUGUGCCUAGGGGGGCAUAUGGGGGAGGGAAUGCUGUCACCUCCAGGUAGGUGUUUGUCCCCCUGUGUGCUGAGGGUGUCAGGUUCUUGUCCAGUUCUGGCAUUUAGGUCGCCACAUACUAGUACAUGUCCCUGGGUCUGGAAAUGAUUGAUUUCCCCCUCCAGGAUGGAGAAGCUGUCUUCAUUAAAGUAUGGGGAUUCUAGUGGGGGGAUAUAGGUAGCACACAGGAGGACAUUUUUCUCUGUUGAGAUAAUUUCCUUUUGAAUUUCUAGCCAAAUGUAAAAUGUUCCUGUUUUGAUUAAUUUAAUAGAGUGAGUUGGGUCUGCUCUAUACCAAAUUAGCAUACCCCCUGGUAGUUUGGUGGAUGGGACUACCAGCUCUCUGUAACCUAGAGGGCAACCAGUGGGUCCAUCUCCUCUAUACCAUGUUUCUUGUAGGAUGACAAUGUCUGUAUUUCUCUCUCGCUCUCUCUCAUUCUCUUACUCUGUCUUUCCCUUUCAUCUAUAUUUUGUUGUAUCCCUUUCCCCGCUCAUCCCCUCCAGCAAUUUGUCCCCUUUCAUUUUGAGUUUCCCCUUUCAGUUCAGUGCCUGGUCUUUCUUCAUUUAUGCUUUUCAUGUUUUGGAAGCUUUUCAAAUUUUAACUCUCUCGCUUUCUCUCUCACUUUCUCUUUCUCUUUCUCGCUUUCUCUCUCUCACUUUCUCUCUCUCUCUCGCUUUCUCUCUCUUUCGUUCUCUUUCUCUCUCCCUUUCUCAUUUUCUCUCGCUCUCUCACUCUCUCACGCUCUCUCUCUCUCUCUUGCUCUCUCGCUCUCUCACUCUCUCUCUCGCCCUUUCUCUCUCUCCCUCUUUCUCUCUCACAGGUAAAAGCUGCUUCUCUCCUCUGUUUAAGUUUGAGGAGAUGCAGGAGAUAGUGAAAAACUUCACUCUGGUCCACAUUGAUGCUCCUGGCCAAGAGGAGGGGGCCGCCACCUAUCCUAUGGGGUAUGCAUAGCGUGUGUGUGAAUGUGUGUGUGUUGUGUGUGUGCGUGCGUGCGUGUGUGCAUUUGUGUGUGUUAGGGUUGGGCUGUAUCCAGAUUUUCAUAACUUACAGUUUUUCUCAAUUGCUAAAACACAAUUUCUGAAACCUUGCUCCAUUUCCUGAAAACAUUAAACACAAAACCUCAUCUUCAAGCACUAUUUACAAAACCUCUGACUCCUCUCGCAAAAUGAAACAUUCGCCUCAAAACAGUUUUACCUGUGUUCAAAAUCAAACACUGCUCUCAAAUCAUAAACAAAGUGAUCAAAAUGAUAUACACUCUCAAGCAGUCAGUAAACAAUACACCGAAAAAUAGAAAACACAUUGUUCAAAACAUACAGUUCUCAGGGAGAAGUACAUUUUUAAUCUCAAAACAAAUUUCAUAUUUUUCCGUCAUUGUCUUUUGAUGAACGAAAACAUGUUCUAUCAUAGUAGCUCAAAAUUGAUCAGAAAUUACUACUCUGCAUUGCUCUUUGCAAUUUAGUUUUUUGUUCUUCCUCCUCCUUGUACCCCUAUUUUUACAGUACUGUACCCUGCAUCUCACAAACUUGUCCUUUGUCUCUGUGAUACUGUAAUUCUUGUUCUUUGUUGAUAUGAACCUGCAACCAUUCAAAAUCUAUUGAGCAGUCAGUACUGUUAACAAAUGGAAAGCACAAUGUUCAGGGCCAUACAAUUUGUCCAUUGUACAGUAUACAGCCUACAAUGCACUGUACUACAGUUUACAAUAUUAAAAGGGACAAAAAUCAAAGGAGUAAACAUGUGAUCAAUGUGCUUCUUCUUGUCUUUGGGCUGGGUCAGGCCAGAGCACUUCGUCAACAUCACAAGCAAUAUUGUCCUCCUGAGGCAACGGGGGAAGAAGCCUCUUGUGUGCCGUAUCCAGCCCUGACAUGAUUCCUCACCUAUAUCACCACAGGCUAAAUCCAUGGCUUGCAGCAGAUUUACUCUGGUGUAGGGUUGUCUAUCAUACACUUUCCAUCUCCAAGAGGAGAAAAACUCCUCAAUCGGAUUCAGGAAAGGCGAGUAUGGAGGGAGGUACAAGUUCAUCAACUGCCCAUUGAUGUUAAUCCAUUCCCUUACCUGAGCAGCUCGGUGGAAACUGACAUUGUCCCACACUAUCACAUAGGUGGGAAUGGGAUUCUCAUUUAGCUCUUGACCCUGCUGCUCUUGAACCUGCUGCUCAAAUAAAAUAUCUCUUAGAUUGGCAAUAAAUCUUAGAAGGUGCUGGGUGUUAUAUGGCCCGAGUGUAACAUGGUGAUGUAGAACACCAUGGUUGCUGAUAGCAGCACAGAUUGUGACAUUGCCACCUCGUUGACCAGGGACUUCAACAAUGGCCCUCUGUCCAAUCAUGUUUCGGCCUCUCCUUCUCCUCUUUGUUAGAUUGAAGCCUGCUUCAUCGACAAAGAUGAACUCAUGGGGUCUGUCCAAGGAUUCCAAGUCAAAUAUUGUCUGUGUAGAAAUACAAUACACUGUAUGUAGGAUUUUGUAAGUCGUACAGAGACAGUGCUAUACUGUAGAGUACAAUUAGGCCUACUGUAUGCACUUCUGAUUCACAUACAUUGUAUGUACUGAAGAGUAAUGUCAUUCACAUAGUAUGUGUUAGUACUGUAGACAAUCUGGAUUACAGUAAAUGUUUCUGAAUGUACACUAACUUGCACAUACUGAGCUCGCAGUUCUUUCACCCUUGGUGAGUUGCGCUCAAAAGGUACUCUGUAUACUUGUUUAAUUCCCAUCCUGUUACGAUGGAGGACACGGUCAAUUGUGGAAAUGCUCACACUGUCGAUUCCCUGGAAGUGUGUGUUGUCUUGUAUCACUCGUUCCUGGAUUUCUCUGAGUCGUAUUGCAUUAUCUUGAAGGACCAUGCCAACUAUAACGGCCUCUUGCUCCUGAGUGAAUAUAGCUGUCCUUCCACCUGCAUGUGGCAGCCUUGCAAUUCUACAAAAAGUAGCCGUGCAGUUACAAAACAUAUUCAUGCAGUACAAUACAUACAGUGAUUAACUUUACAAAUGUCUAUUGAAACAGCUGCAUAUAGUGUAGUACAGUACAUUUGCAAUUACAAAAAUACAGUAGUAUACUGUACCUGUUCUCUUCUCUGAAUGUCCUUACUAUGGUGGACACAGAAAAUCGGCUCAAAUUGGGUUGCACUCUAAGUCCUGCUUCCCUCAUUGUCAGUCCAUGGACAAGAACAUGGUCUAUGACUGUUGCUCGAAUUUCAUCAGAUAUUUCCACUCUUUGUCUUCCUCUUCCUCCUCCUCUUCCUCUUUCUUGCCCUCCUCCUCCUCUUCCUCCUCGUCGCCCACCUCGCAUACACACUCGUCCUCGUCCUCUCACAUUGUUUCUUCUAUCCAUUCUCAGACUUUCUCCUUCCCACCUUCAACAACCUGUUUGCUCUCUGAACUGGCUUAUAUUGGUUGUGUCGCAUCAUUUGACACAGGUUAAAUCAAUUUUGAGUGGUUGUGUUCAAUCAAUGACAUGUGUUCUCUAUUUGUAUUUGAUUGUUGCCACUUGUGUUUACCAGUAUGGAUGACAUGUGCAUUAGAGUGCAGAAUGUGUUUUGAGAAUGAGAAUGUGUUUAGAGUUUUGCUGAAAAGUCUAAGUGAGAUCUGCAAAUUGUGUUUUACCAUGUGAAAUAGUUUAAGGUAUUGACAACAGACUGCAUAAUUAGCUAAAGGAGUCCAGGCAACUGAGAACUUUGUUCAGCCAAUGGAUUUGAGUGUUUUAGCAAUUGAGAAAAACUGUAAUACUGUUACUGUACCAUACUGGGGCAUACGGUAUUAACGUUAGUGCACACCAGGGGCGCCUUUUCUUUCCAAACGUUUUUUUAAAACAAUAUUUAUGCUAACAAAGUACUAGGGAAUUCCCAUAGCGGACGCUAGCUUAAUGCUAACAAGUGCAAGCAAACAUAAACUAAAUGCAAGGACAGACAACCCAGCUCAUAAAGUUAUACAACUAUCUCAAAAGGCUACUCACACUUGAUCCAGGAGGAGAUUGAUUGUCUCUGCUGUAACCAUUAAGCUUGAUCUUGCAAGCUAGCCACCUAUAGCUAGCAAGUUAGCAAACCAAAUGGAUAGCUGGAGCCCUGAGCAGGAGGACAUGUAUUUGGCACAUUUUAGAUAGCUAGUUAACGUUUAGCUGUGUGAGAAAACAUACCAUGUGACUGGCUCAAUUUAUUUUGUAUAUUUUUGUUGACGGUAUUGAAAAUCAUACAGUCAGUAUUUCAAAAUACCCCACUAUGUACAGUAUACCGCCUAAGCCUAGUGAGUGUGAGUGUGUGUGUGUGUGUGUGUGUGUGUGUGUGUGUGUGUGUGUGUGUGUGUGUGUGUGUGUGUGUGUGUAUAUUUAAUAAACAUAUGUUCCCGCUCAUGUUUUUUAGAUACCAGUAUCCAUCCAUGGAACAAAUUGCAGAGAUGAUCCCUGCAGUCCUGACAUAUUUCAAGUGAAUCAGACUUAUUUCAUCAUCAUUACAUAAUACUCACUUGUUUACCAGCAUGUCCACCGUAAUCGUUAUUUUAUUUUAUAACGUAGUAUUCACAAACAUCUGCAAUACAGACAUGUUGGCACUAAUAGAAUAUCUGUCACUAUGUUUGUACUCUCUCACUGUUCUAGUUUCUGUACUGUCAUCGGAGUUGGAGUGGGAGCUGGGGCUUACAUUCUCUCCAGGUUCACAGUGAGUGUCUGAUUUCACCUUGUCAUGUUACUGCCCCAUGUAUCAGUUCAUACAGCUGCCCUGUGAAAAAUCACAGUGUACCAUUCUGUUAGCUUCUGUUAUGCAGUCUCUUGGUAGUCUGUGCAUUGAACUAACAUGGGUUAGCAUAUAUUUGCUAUAUGGUGGCCCUCCUGUAGCUCAGUUGGUAGAGCAUGGCGCUUGCAACGCCCGGGUUGUGGGUUCGUUUCCCAUGGGGGGCCAGUAUGAAAAAUGUAUGCACUCACUAACUGUAUGUCGCUCUGGAUAAGAGCAUCUGCUAAAAUGACAAAAAAAAAAAUUUUAAUGGUGCUCUCCACAGUGUAUACCAAUUCUUGCUUCUUUUUGUCAAUUCAUACAAUUCAACAGUCUCAAUGUACAAUUUACUUAUUUUUUUCUCUCUCUCUUUCAUUCUCUCUCCUCCGCCCUCUCAGAUGGCCCACCCAGACUCAGUUGAAGGUCUCGUUCUCGUCAACAUCGACCCUCAGGCUAGAGGGUGGAUGGACUGGGCUGCCCAGAAGGUUACUGUCUCUUCAAUAUGCUUAAUCUUAAUUUGAGCCACUUUGCCAUACUGGAAAUUACAAACUUUAGCCUUUUUAAGACUCAAAUAUACUACAAGUUUGCAUUUCCUGCCAUGCAGGAAAAUUCUCAGCAACAAAGGAGUGAUCAAAUUAAGAUCCUACAUCUGUAUAAUACAGGCAACAUUAGUAUUAAAUAUUAUCAUUAUCAUCACUCAGAAGCCCAGAGGAUUUUUGAAUAUGUUCAUGAGUACUAGCAGCAUUUCCAUAAAUGUGACUUUUAGAUCCAAUAUCAAUCCAAUAUCCUAUUCAAUAUCACCAUUACUCUUCUGUGUUGUUGUGUUGACAUCUACAUUACAAUUCAAGUAGAUACUCAAUUACCAGUACAUAUAUCCAUUACUCUUGAUCUAGCAGUUAAUAAACAGUCAUUACUGUCUUGGACAAUGGGAUAUUUUGAUUUUGACCAUUUGAUAAAGUAACAUUUAGAUGAGGAAAAUACAUAGUGGAAUUGUAUUCAUGGUGGUUUUACUGUACGUAUGAUAUUGACUGAGCUGUUAUUGAUUUGUCCUAACUAUACCCCUCUCUCUCUUUCUCUCUCUCUCUCUCUCUCUCUCUCUCUCUCUCUCUCUCUCUCUCUCUCUCUCUCUCUCUCUCUCUCUCUCUCUCUUUCUCUCUCUCUCUCUCUCUCUCUCUCUCUCUGUCUCCCUUUAUUUCUCUCUCUCUGUCUCCCUUUAUUUCUCUCUCCCUCUCUAUCUCUCUUUCUUUCUGUCUCCAGAUCACUACCCUGACAUCCUCCCUCACAGAGCAGAUCCUGAGUCAUCUCUUCAGUCAGGUGUGUGUGUGUGUGCGCCCGUGCGUGCAUAUGUGUGCGUGUGUCUGUGUGUGUGUGGGUGGUAUCAAAGUCUGUGUGUGUUAUCAUAGACUGGAACCCUAUGUGUGUUUUUUGACUAUGGAGCUAUUUUCUUGAUCUUAUAAAACUCACAUUGUUAAUGUAUCAUUUCUGUCUUGUUUUAUAGGAGGAGAUGUCAGCUAAUGCAGACCUGGUGAAGUCACACAGAGAUCGCAUCUCUAAAGCCCCCAACCUCAUCAACAUCGAGCUUUUCUGGAGGGGCUACAACAGGUACAUACAAACACAGACACACACACACACACUGGACACACACACACCGACACACACUGGACACACAUACACACACUGGACACACACACACACACACACACACACACACUGGACACACACACACACUGGACUCUCACACACUGAACACACACACACAUAUUGGACACACACACACACACUGGACACACUGGACACACACACACUGGACACACACACACACACUGGACACACACACACACACACACACACACACACACACACACACACACACACACACACUGGACACACACUGGACACACUGGACACACACACACACACUGGACAUACACACACACACACACUGGACACACACACGCACUGGACACACACACACACACACACACAGGCACACAUGCACGCGUGCACACACACACAAACACACACACUAACAAACCUACAAUAGUGUAACCUUCCUUUCCUCUUUUCCAGCCGCAGAGAUCUGAUCAUUGACCGUACCAGUAACUUCAAGUAAGCAUUUCACCAUAAUAAUAAUAUAAUAAUAAUAUGCCAUUUAGCAGACGCUUUUAUCCAAAGCGACUUACAGUCAUAUGAGCAUACAUGUUUUACGUAUGGGUGGUCCCGGGGAUCGUACCCACUACCCUGGCGUUACAAGCGCCAUGCUCUACCAAUUGAGCUACAGAGGACCAUCAAACCACUUACAUCUGCUGUGACAAUAGUAUGGAAUAGGUCUCUCACUCUUUCCAUUGAAUAUACCUAAGAGUCUCUCUGUCUCUCUCAAUCUAUCUCUCUGUCUCUUCUCUUUCUCAGGUGUCCUGUGAUGCUGGUGGUUGGGGAUCAGGCACCUUAUGAGGAGGCUGCUGUACGUUUUCUACAUUAUAUAUUUUAAUGUAGGCCAACCAUGUAGCCAUCGAACACACCCAGGUAAAGCGAAUGUAGUGAUGUUGAUUAAUUCACAUUUUCCCCUCCAUGUCCACCAGGUGGAGUGCAACAGCAAACUGGACCCAACAACAACCUCAUUCCUCAAGGUACUCAUCACCCCCUCAUUCAUCAAAACAAACCACACACACAAGCCAUUUUCCUCAGGCAUUCAGUUGCUACUAAACACUAAAUUAUCCACAUCUUCUUCCUCAGAUGGCAGAUGCUGGUGGUCUUCCCCAGCUUACCCAGGUAAGACACAUUAAACAUGCCAAGUCGUUAAAUAUAUAUAUAUAUAUAUUUAGUUCACACAAGUUGUGAAUUUAACAUGUGUUGUGGUGCCAAUACAGAAAUACAGCACGUAUCAUGAUGAAUACAACUAACCAUCCAGUAACUAUUGUAAUUCCUGCAUGUCCAUGUUAUUGUACAAAUAUCGAUUUUAUAUAACAUAUUUUAUGGAUAAAAUGUAAUGUACCUUCUGUGUUUGCUUACAGCCCAGCAAACUGACCGAGGCUUUCAAGUACUUCAUCCAGGGGAUGGGCUACAGUAAGUUUGCCUUAGUUUGUAAUAUGUGGCUAUGACGACCUACUGUGACCUUUUGUGUUACUGUCUCUCUGUAUUAAUCGAAUUAUCCUCCCUCUCCCCCUCUCUCGCUCUUUUUCCCCCUCCCUCUUGCUCCCUCUCCUUCUACCACAGUGGCAUCGUCCGUCAUGACCCGUCUGUCUCGUUCGCGCACCACCUCGCUGUCUUCCUCGUACUCCAUGGAGGGGGAGCGCGAGCGUUCUCGUACCCUGUCUCAGAGUUCUCAGGGUGGGCAGAUGCCCCCCAGCCCCUCCCAUACCAUGGAGGUGUCCUGCUGAAGAGAGAGAGAGAGAGAGAAAGAGAGAGAGAGAGAGACAGAGAAUGAGAGUUUGUGUGUGAGAGAGAGAGAGAGAUAGAGAGAGGAAUGGAGAGAGAGGUGGAUUUAGAGAGGAAUGGAGAGAGAGAGAGGGAUGGGUGGAGGGCGGAGGACCAGCUGAGAGAGAGAGAGGGAGAGAGAGAGAGAGAGAGAGUGUGUUCUGGGAACGUGAAUGUAAAGGAGAGGGAGAGUGAAAGACAGUUACUUAAACACUGUCAUUUAUGAAUCUCUUCACCCAGAAAGCGAAGGAUAGAGCGAAUGGAUAAACGAAAAAAGGAAGUAUUUAGGAACAAGGGAGGGAAUAUAGGGAAAAGGGUAGCAAGGAAAGGGCGUUUUAGGGGCGUCAGCCAGUCCUCUCUCUCCUUCUAUCGGAACAUCUGCAGCCAAUAGAGCCUAUUAACCUAGAGAGUGGAAUGGCCUGUAGUGAUCUCACCUUAGUGUUCACCAGUAGUAAUAAUUAUGAUAAUGGGAAAGAUUGUGAUGAUAUUAACACUAUUAAUAAUGACAAUGACAAUAAUGUCAUAGUAAUAUUAUUAUUUUUUAAAUCUCUUUAUUUUUAAAGUAUGAAAUAGAAGGGAAAAAAGACUAUAGCAGAAAUACUUAAACUGAAAAUGUGUGUCUGUCAAGUGUUUUUUGUUUGUUUAUUUUACAUUGUUUAUUUUUGUAACCUGCCUCAGUGAAGGCGUGAAGUUUCUCAUUGGUCACUUGAUCCUUAACCAUAGCAACGGCCAGUGAGAGUCUACUUCCUCCUUGCUGUUGCCAGGUAGAUCAUUUCUUCCAUUGGCCCUGUUUAAAAGUGACUGUAAUUUUUGUUCCCAUGAGGGGCUUGGGUUGGGCGGGUAGGGUGUGUGUGUGUGGUCAUUUGACUGUGUGGAGUAUCUAUACCUGAUCUGAUUUCAGCCCAUGUGAAAAUAGACUAGAUGUUUCCUUUUUCUUUUAUAUGCGAUGAGUUUGUUGGUACGUGUGUGUGUUUGUGAUGUAACUGAUGGGUGAGGAUGAUGAUGAAGAUGAGGACGGAUGAUGAAGAGUGACCUUGUUAGAGUGAGUGAACUCCUAUACUAGUAAAUCAGUAACAAGUGCUUCCAAUGCUGAUGGCAGUUCCAGACUUGACCAUCAAGAAGGUGAAGAAUCUGUCGAUGUGCCCUUGAGCAAGGCACUUAACUCUAAUUUACUCCAGGGGCUCUCUACUACUAUGGCUGACCCUGUAAAAAUAACAUAUUCUUUGGGGGUCACUGUGCUAUUGGGUUUAUGAUGACAUACGUGUACCUGCAUACAUACACUACUAACAUAUCAAAAAGAUAAGUUAGCUAAUACCUUCUUGAACAAGCAUGCUGUACGUGUUGGGUGAUCGCUAGAUGUAGGUGUUGCAUAGCCCUAGAGUGAUGCACUGAUCAUGACUGAUAGUUGAAAGCACCAAUAGCAUGUCUGUGUGUCAGACUGACAGCUGAGAGAACCAAUAGCAUGUCUGAAGUAGGACCUAUGUAGGAGCUAUUGUUCUAGAAGAUGUGAGCGGGAAUUAAUGCUAUCUGUAAUUCUGUCAUGCAGUGGAAGGUACUGGGUAGAGAGUGUGAAUAAGGCAUUAUUUAAGUUGUGUGUGUGCUUGUUUGUAAGUAUGUUUAUUUGAAAGCUCUCAAACCUUCUAAGCACAAUUUAAGAUCAUGUAAGUCGCUCUGGAUAAGAGCGUCUGCUAAAUGACUAAAAAUGUAAAAUGUUAAGAGGAGAGGUGAGGAAAGGACACCCACUGUCCCAUUGGACCUUCUUAUGAUCUGCCAACAGGGUAUAGCCAGCUACUACACCCUGAACCCUAGAAUCCUGACUGUCCACGCUCAUUUUACAUUUUAGUCAUUUAGCAGACACUCUUAUCCAGAGCAAUUAGGGUUAAGUGCCUUGCUCAAGGGCACAACGGCAGAUUUGCACCUAGCCAGCUCGAGGGUUUGAACCAGCGACCUUUCGGUUACUGGCCCAACGCUCUUAACCACUAGGCUACCUGCCGCCCAGCAGUUGUACUAUAGGAACUGUUCUCUGUGUGUACGAAUCACAGUUAGAACUGAAGUGUUAUAGACUCAAAAUCUAUGCUCAUAACUGUUUUCUAGGAAUGUAAUAUUAUCAUGAUUUAUAUAUAGUAAAACCUAAAAGACUAAAAGUAUUACGAUAGCAGCACAUCCAUGUGGAGCUCAACACUGCCCUGAUCCAAACCAAUGGACAGAACACACUGUUGAAGGACCCAAUUAGAACAAAAAACACUUAGAGAGCUGUGUGUAUGUUUUUGAGUUUGUGUGUGUGUGUAUGUGUGUGUGUGAGAGAGAGUGUGUGCUUGUCUGUUUGGAUUCUGUAGUUGUGCGCAGUCAUUCAUAAUGGCGUAUGUCGCAUUUUAUAAAAGUAUGACUUUGAACUUUCCAAACCUGUUUGAGGUUUGCUUGUUUCUUUCCGUUUCUCUACAGAGCUCCUCCCCCUACAUCACUUUCUUAUACAUUUAGUAGAGCGGGUUGGAUGGUUGAUGAUAUUGAAGAAUCUGAGGUUAAGUCGGAUGAGAAGGGUAUUUUGAUGAUGAUGGUGGUGGUGAUGGUGAUGAUAUUUCUAGAUAUUAACAGGAAUGUUGUGUUGACGAUGAGGAGAAGGGUGAUGAAGACUGAAGAAUAGAAGGAAUGAUUAGGCUCCUCCCAGUCUUGCAUUGAGAAUCAACCAAUCUGGCAUGGUGUACCAAAAAAAAAGACAACGGGUGAAGCUUAAUAGUUUACCAAGAAAAGGGGGUGGAACUUAUUGUUUGAGUGGACUAGGGCUGUGUGAAUGUACAUUUGUCCAUUUAUUUUCUGUUUAUUCUUGUUUUUCCUUCGAUCAUAUUAUUUUUCCAACUUUAUUUUGGACAAUUUUGUUUUACUACGUGAAGUGUUAGUUUCCCGUCCCAGUUAGAGCACAAGUUAGACAACAGUGUGUUAGUUCUUGUGUAAAAAGGAAGAAUAAUAGAAAUCAUUAACAUAAAAAAGUUAAAGAAUAACAAAAUACAAUCAAACAUACUUGUGUGGCUAAUUUGUCUGUAUAAUUCAAUGAACAACCUAAAAAAUGUAAUAAUAUUAAAAGAAGAAGAAAGAAGAAAUCUUGACUAUGUUAUUUUUUCAUUAUUAGUCAAAUGGGUGGUAUUAAAAAUGGCAUUGGAGUGAGUUUAAGUAAGAGAGAAGAUUGGGAAUUGCUUGUAAAAAAAUUAAUAUAUAUAUAUAUAUAUAUAUAUAUAUAUAUAUACAGCACCAGUCAAAAGCUUGGACACACCUACUCAUUCAAGGGUUUUUCUUCAUUUUUACUAUUUUCUACAUUGUAGAAUAAUAGUGAAGACAUCAAAACGAUGAAAUAACACAUAUGGAAUCAUAUAGUAACCAAAAAAGUGUUAAACAAAUCAAAAUAUAUUUUAGAUUUUAGAUUCUUCAAAUAGCCACCCUUUGCCUUGAUGACAGCUUUACACAUGCUUGGCAUUCUCUCAACCAGCUUCAUGAGGAAUGCAUUUCCAAUAGUCUUGAAGGAGUUCCCACAUAUGCUGAGCACUUGUUGGCUGCUUUUCCUUCACUCUGCGGUCACACUCAUCCCAAACCAUCUCAAUUGAUUUGAGGCCGGGUGAUUGUGGAGGCCAGGUCAUCUGAUGCAGCACUCCAUCACUCUCCUUCUUGGUCAAAUAGCCCUUACACAGCCUGGAGGUGUGUUUUGGGUCAGUGUCCUGUUGAAAAACAAAAGAUAGUCCCACUAAGCGCAAACCAGAUGGGAUGGCGUAUCACUGCAGAAUGCUGUGGUAACCAUGCUGGUUAAGUGUGCCUUGAAUUCUAAAUAAAUCACAGACAUUGUCACCAGCAAAGCACCCCCACACCAUCACACCUCCUCCGCCAUGCUUCACGGUGGGAACCACGAAUGCGGAGAUCAUCCGUUCACCUACUCUGUGUCUCACAAAGACACAAAUCUCCAAAAGGACAGAUUUCCACCCGUCUAAUGUCCAUUGCUCUUGUUUCUUGGCCCAAGCAAGUAUUUUAUUCGUAUUGGUGUCCUUUAAUAGUGGUUUCUUUGCAGAAAUUCGACCAUGAAGGCCUGAUUCACACAGUCCCCUCUGAACAGUUGAUGUUGAGCCCAUUUCAGAUCAAAUCAAAUCAAAUCAAAUUUGAUUGGUCACAUGCGCCGAAUACAACAGGUGCAGACAUUACAGUGAAAUGCUUACUUACAGCCCUUAACCAACAGUGCAUUUAUUUUAAACAAAAAAAGUAAGAAUAAAACAACAACAAUUUGGGCUGCAAUCUGAGGUUUAGUUAACUCUAAUGAACUUAUCCUCUGCAGCAGAGGUAACUCUGGGUCUUCCUUUCCUGUGGCAGUCCUCAUGAGAGCCAGUUUCAUUAUAGCACUUGAUGGUUUUUGCGACUGCACUUGAAGAAACUUUAAAAAUUCUUGAAAUUUUCCGGAUUGACUGACCUUCAUGUCUUAAAGUAAUGAUGUACUGUCGUUUCUCUUUGCUUAUUUGAGCUGUUCUUGCCAUAAUAUGGACUUGGUCUUUUACCAAAUAGGGCUAUCUUCUGUAUACCACCCGUACCUUGUCACAACACAACUGAUUGGCUCAAACGCAUUAAGAAGGAAAGAAAUUCCACAAAUGAACACCUGUUCAUUGAAAUGCAUUCCAGGUGAUUACCUCAUGAAGCUGGUUGAGAGAAUGCCAAGCGUGUGCAAAGCUGUCAUCAAGGCAAAGGGUGGCUACUUUGAAGAAUCUCAAAUAUAAACUAUAUUUUGAUUUGUUUAACACUUUUUUGGUUACUACAUGAUUCCAUAUGUGUUAUUUCAUAGUUUUGAUGUCUUCACAUAUAUUCUACAAUGUAGAAAACAGUAAAAAUAAAGAAUAACCCUUGAAUGAGUAGGUGUGUCCAAACAUUUGACUAGUACUGUAUAUAUAUACUGAACAAAAAUAUAAACGCAACAUGCAACAAUUUCAAAUAUUUUACUGAGUUACAGUUCAUAAGAAAAUCAGUCAAUAGAAAUAAAUGAAUUAUGCCCUAAUCUACAGAUUUCACGACUGGGCACGGGCACAGCCAUGGGUGGGCCUGGGAGGGUAUAGACCUACCUACUUGGGAGCCAGGCCCACCCACUGGAGAGCCAGGCCCAGCCACUGGGGAGCCAGGCUGAGUUUUUACCCACAAAAGCGCUUUAUUAAAGACAGUCAUUUGAGAGAAAUAAGCUUUUUGUGUGUAUAUACAAUUUUGGGAUCUUUUAUUUCAGCUCAUGAAACAUGGGACCUACACUUUACAUGUUGCGUUCAUAUUUUUUUAUAUUUUUGUUCAGUGAAUUAAUGAAUGUCUAUUGUGUGUAUGUUUAUGUUCGAGAACAGCUAUGACCAAGCCACAGUUUUGCCUUCCGCUGUACUUAUCCAUAUACGGUACCUUUUCUGUUGCUGUUGCUCACCUCAUUGCUAACACACACAACACACUGCAUUUUUCUACAGACAACAAUAUAAGGACCUGAGGCCUCAUUUAUAACCGUUGCGUAAAUUUUACACUAAAUAUCUGCCUGCGCUAUUUCCGAAAAGACUGCGCACGCACAGAAAUAUUGAAAUGGCGCACGCCAUACAUACGCAUGUUUCCUAUUAUAAAUCAGACCUGUCGGAAAACUGUGCACGCGUGAAGGAGCAUUAUAACUCCGCCUGAAUAACGCCCAUCAUUCACCUUUUAUGGUGACAAUAACACCCUUAUUUGCUGUAUACUUUGGACAUUUUUGGAAUUAGGCCAAGACAGUAUUUCUAAAGGAAAUAUCAAUGGCAAACUUGAUCAAAUGUUUUUGGAGGUUGUUUUUUGUUUUAAAAAAUAAAAAAACAAAUAUUAACCCAUCCCUCUUCACAUAUAUUUUUAAUUUUUUUAUUCACAGCUUUUCUGCUACAUAUACAUACAUUUUACAUACAUGGUACUUUUAUAUAAAGCAAUCACAUAACAAUAAUACAUUACCAAACAAAAGCGCUUUAAUCACACCCCUCAGCCACUCUCAGCCCAUCUCACCUAUCACCAUAGACCACCCUCGUGCCAUGUAUUUUUCAAUUGUGCUGUGAUGUUUGACAUAAAUAUUGAACCUUUCUAAUCGUAUAGUAUCCACAGAUGAAAACCUUUCCUACGAGUGUUAUUAUAUUAUUUAUUGACUGACUAUGGUGUUCCAAAUCGCCCAACACUGCUAUUUGUAAGUUACAUUUUAUAAUAAUAAUAAUAAUAAUAUGCCAUUUAGCAGACGCUUUUAUCCAAAGCGACUUACAGUCAUGCGUGCAUACAUUUUUUUGGUGUAUGGGUGGUCCCGGGGAUCGAACCCACUACCUUGGCGUUACAAGCGCCGUGCUCUACCAGCUGAGCUACAGAGGACCACAUUUUAAGUGAAUGUUGUGAUUUUUUAACCAUUCCUGAACCUGUGACCAGAAACAAGCUACAUAGGGGCAAUACCAGAAUAAAUGAUCUAGUGAUUCUGUCUCUUCGCAGCAAAAUCUACAGAGCUGAGAUUGUUGUAUGCCCCAUAUAUAUAGCAUUCUGUUGGUGGCAAAAAUGUUGUAUAAUAAUUUAAUUUGAAAAACUUGAAGUGUUGAAUCAACAUGUGUUGCAUCACUGUGCGUAUGCAUAGUCUAAAGUUUGCGGGAGGAUAAACACAUUCUCACCUCAAGUUCAGUUUUUCUAAACGCCAACUUUUGCGUGAAAACUGGCGCAAGCAUGUUUUGGGGCAUAUUAUGUGGGUACACAACGUUAUUACAUGAGGCCCCUGGCCUAGCUAGAGAAACCCAACUCCUCUCUCUACAUAACCUGUUACUACUCAGUACUCUCAUAUACUGUACAUUUCCCUGUUUGUCUGAAAAUGUUGCUAGCUGGUUAGAAAAAACAACUUAUCCACCAUUCACACAACAUACCAAUUAUAAUACUAUGUCAACACUGAUACACAUAUUAUGGUCAGUCCCACAGAACAGUCUGAGUGCGGCAUUAGCCAUUUCACUGGAUGAUAUCAUCUGAUUAUUCAAGUUAUUGAUCAAAAAGAGUGAGAUGGAAUUCAGUUGGGUAACACUUUAUUUGGAUAGUCUACAGACUAUCAGUAACAUUUCAACUAACUACCUACUAACCCUAACCCUUAUCCUAACCCUAAACUUAAUCCUAACCCUAGCACUAACCCUAACCGUAACCUUAGCAAGUGGUUGCUUGUCAACAUACAGUUUGUUGAUAGUAUGAACAUCUGUAGAGCAUCUACAGAUGGACUAUCCGGCCUAUCCAAAUAAAGUGUGACCUUCAGGGGUAGUUGAUAUGGAGCAGCUGAUAUCAUGAAUGACUGGGGCUGAAUGACAUAUUCAGGGACAAAUCAAAGUUGUAAAUAUUUGAAAAAGGACUGAGGGAAAUAUCCUGACAUUUCAGAAAGAGUACUGCUCUUUGGAAACUCUAGUUGAAGACCAGGUUACAAAUUACAACAUAUACAGUGUAUUCGGAAAGUAUUCAGACCCCUUGACUUUUCCACAUUUUGUUACGUCACAGCCUUACUCUAAAAUGGAUUAAAUUAUUUUUUCCCCCUCAUAAAUCUACACACAAUACUCCAUAAUGACAAAGCAAAAAACGUUUGCCAAAUGUAUACAAAAUAAAAAACGGAAAUAUUAUAUUUACAUAAGUAUUCAGACCCUUUACUCAGUACUUUGUUGAAGCACCUUUGGCAGUGAUUACAGCCUCGAGUCUUCUUGGGUAUGAUGCUACAAGCUUGGCACAACUGUAUUUGGGGAGUUUCUUCCAUUCUUCUCUGCAGAUCCUCUCAAGCUCUGUCAGUUGGAUGGGGAGCAUCGCUGCACAGCUAUUUUCAGGUCUCUCUAGAUAUGUUAGAUCAGGUUCAAGUCCGGGCUCUGGCUGGGCCACACAAGGACAUUCAGAGACUUGUCCCGAAGCCACUCCUGCGUUGUCUUGGCUGUGUGCUUAGGGUCGUUGUCCUGUUGGAAGGUGAACCUUCGCCCCAGUCUGAGGUCCUGAGCGCUCUGAAGCAGGUUUUCAUCAAGGAUCUCUCUGUGCUUUGCUCCAUUAAUCUUUCCCUUGAUCCUGACUAGUCUUCCAGUCCCUGCCGCUGAAAAACAUCCCCACAGCAUGAUGUUGCCACCGCCAUGCUUCACUGUAGGGAUGUUCCCAGGUUUCCUCCAGACAUGACGCUUGGCAUUAGGGCAAAGAGUUCAAUCUUGGUUUCAUCAGACCAGAGAACCUUGUUUCUCAUGGCCUGAGAGUCCUUUAGGUGCCUUUUGGCAAACUCCAAGCGGGCUGUCAUAUGCCUUUUACUGAAGAGUGGCUUCCGUCUGGCCACUCUACAAUAAAGGCCUGAUUGGUGGAGUGCUGCAGAGAUGAUUGUCCUUCUGGAAGGUUCUCCCAUCUCCACAGAGGAACUCUGGAGCUCUAUCAGAGUGACCAUCGGGUUCUUGGUCACCUCCCUGACCAAGGCCCUUCUCCCCCGAUUGCUCAGUUUAGCCGGGCGGCCAGCUAUAGGAAGAGUCUUGGUGAUUCCAAACUUCUUCCAUUUAAGAAUGAUGGAGGCCACUGUGUUCUUGGGGACCUUCAAUGCUGCAGAAAUAUUUUGGUACCAUUCCCCAGAUCUGUGCCUCGACAAAAUCCUGUCUUGGUACUCUACGGACAAUUCCUUCGACCUCAUGGCUUGAUUUUUGCUCUGACAUGCACUGUCAACUGUGGGGCCUUAUUUACACAGGUGUGUUCCUUUCCAAAUUAUGUCCAAUCAAUCGAAUUUACCACAGGUGGACUCCAAUCAAGUUGUAGAAAAUCUCAAGGAUGAUCAAUGUUAACAGGAUGCACCUGAGCUCAUUUUCGAGUCUCAUAGCAAAGGGUCUGAAUACUUAUGUAAUGUAUUUAAGGUAUUUCUGGUUUUUAUUUUUAAUAGAUUUGCAAAAAUUUCUGAAAACCUGUUUUUGCUUUGUCAUUAUGCGGUAUUGUGUGUAGAUUGAUGAGGAAAAAAUGUAAUGUCAUCAAUUUUAGAAUAAGGCUGUAACGUAAACAAAAUGUGGAAAAAGGAAAGGGGUCUGAAUACUUUCCGAAUGUACUGUAUGUACUCAUAUGUAUUCAAAAUACUUUGAAAUAGAUACAGCUAGGUCCAUAAUUAUUGGCACCCUUGAUAAAGAUUAGCAAAAAAGACUGUAUAAAAUAAAUAAUACAAAUACUGAGAUACAGUAUAUUGUAUGCAAAAAAGAAAGGGACAUUAUAUUAUUUUAUAUUAAUACAAUUGCUCAGAGAAAUAUAUUUUGUUUAACAAGUAAAAAUAAAAAGUAAAAAAAGAUAGGGGGCAAAAUCAUUGUCAGCCUUGUUUUCAAAACUCCAACACAGACUUUUUCUAAAAUGUUUUAUGAGAUUUCAGAACAUGUUGGGAGGGAUCUUAGACCAUUCUGCCAUACAGAAUCUUUCCAGAUCCUUGAUAUAUUUUGUCUGCCUCAAGUGUCAGCCUCCUAGCAGAGGCAAUCUGGUUUUUGGAUAAAAUGUCCUGGUACUUGGUAAAGUUCACGAUGCCAUUGACCUUAACAGGGGCCCCAGGACCAGUGGAAGCAAAAUAGCCACAUAACAAAGAGAAUGUGCAAAGAGUGUGCAAAGCUGUCAUCAAGGCAAAGGGUGGCAACUUUGAAGAAUCUCAUAUAAAAUAUAUUUUGCUUUGUUUUACACUAUGUGUCAUUUCAUAGUUUUGAUGUCUUCACUAUUAUUCUACAAUGUAGAAAAUAGUAAAAAUAAAGAAAAACCCUGGAAUGAGUAGGUGUGUCCAAACUUUUGACUCGUACUGCAGAUCUGGGACUGUGAAACCUCCCCAUGAAGUAAAAAAAAUAUGACUCAAUGGUAGGAAGGACAUCCAUGCAGUAUGUACAGUUGAAGUCAUACGUUUACAUACACCUUAGCCAAAUACAUUUAAACUCAGUUUUUCACAAUUCCUGACAUUUAAUCCUAGUAAAAAUUCCCUGUCUUAGGUCAGUUAGGAUCAACACUUUAUUUGAAGAAUGUGAAAUGCCAGAAUAAUAGUAGAGAGAAUGAUCUAUUUCAGCUUUUAUUUCUUUCAUCACAUUCCCAGUGGGUCAGAAGUUUACAUACACUCAAUUAGUAUUUGGUAGCAUUGCCUUUAAAUUGUUUAACUUGGGUCAAACGUUUCGGGUAGCCUUCCACAAGCUUCCCACAAUAAGUUGGGUGAAUUUUGGCCCAUUCCUCCUGACAGAGCUGGUGUAACUGAGUCAGGUUUGUAGGACUCUUUGCUCUCAUACGUUUUUUCAGUUCUGCCCACACAUUUUCUAUAGGAUUGAGGUCAGGGCUUUGUGAUGGCCACUCCAAUACCUUGACUUUGUUGUCCUUAAGCCAUUUUGCCACAACUUUGGAAGUAUGCUUGGUGUCAUUGUCCAUUUGGAAGACCCAUUUGCGACCAAGCUUUAACUUCCUGACUGAAUUUUUUUUUUUUUUCACCUUUAUUUAACCAGGUAAACCAGUUGAGAACAAGUUCUCAUUUACAACUGCGACCUGGCCAAGAUAAAGCAAAGCAGUGUGAUAAAAACAACAACACAGAGUUACAUAUGGGGUAAAACAAAACAAAGUCAAAAAUACAACAGAAAUACAUAUAAUAUACAGUGUGUGCAAAUUUAGCAAGUUAUGGAGGUAAGGCAAUAAAAUAGGCUAUAGUGCAAAAUAAUUACAAUUAGUAUUAACACUGGAAUGAUAGAUGUGCAAGAGAUGAUGUGCAAAUAGAGAUACUGGGGUACAAAUGAGCAAAAUAAAUAACAAUAUAGGGAUGAGGUAGUUGUGGCGGGCUAAUUUCAGAUGGGCUGUGUACAGGUGCAGUGAUCGGUAAGGUGCUCUGACAACUGAUGCUUAAAGUUAGUGAGGGAGAUAAGUGUCUCCAGCUUCAGAGAUUUUUGCAAUUUGUUCCAGUCAUUGGCAGCAGAGAACUGGAAGGAAUUGCGGCCAAAGGAGGUGUUGGCUUUGGGGAUGACCAGUGAGAUAUACCCGCUGGAGCGCAGACUACGGGUGGGUGUUGCUAUGGUGACCAAUGAGCUAAGAUAAGGUGGGGAUUUGCCUAGCAGUGAUUUAUAGAUGGCCUGGAGCCAGUGGGUUUGGCGACGAAUAUGUAGUGAGGACCAGCCAACAAGAGCGUACAGGUCACAGUGGUGGGUAUUAUAUGGGGCUUUGGAGACAAAACGGAUGGCACUGUGAUAGACUACAUCCAAUUUGCUGAGUAGAGUGUUGGAGGCUAUUUUGUAAAUGACAUCGCCGAAGUCAAGGAUCGGUAGGAUAGUCAGUUUUACGAGGGCAUGUUUGGCAGCAUGAGUGAAGGAGGCUUUGUUGCGAAAUAGGAAACCGAUUCUAGAUUUAACUUUGGAUUGGAGAUUCUUAAUGUGAGUCUGGAAGGAGAGUUUACAGUCUAACCAGACACCUAGAUAUUUGUAGUUGUCCACAUACUCUAGGUCAGACCCGUCGAGAGUAGUGAUUCUAGUCGGGUGGGCGGGUGCAAGCAGCGUUCGGUUGAAGAGCAUGCAUUUAGUUUUACUAGUGUUUAAGAGCAGUUGGAGGCUACUGAAGGAGUGUUGUAUGGAAUUGAAGCUCGUUUGGAGGUUUGUUAACACAGUGUCCACUGAUGUCUUGAGAUGUUGCUUCAAUAUAUCCACAUAAUUUUCCUUCCUCAUGAUGCCAUCUAUUUUGUGAAGUGCACCAGUCCCUCCUGCAGCAAAGCAGCCCCACAGCACCGUAGUCUGGCUUUUUUAUGGCGGUUGUGGAGCAGUGGCUUCUUCCUUGUUGAGCAGCCUUUCAGGUUAUGUCGAUAUAGGACUCGUUUUACUGUGGAUAUAGAUAUUUUUGUACCUGUUUCCGCCAGCAUCUUCACAAGGUCCUUUGCUGUUGUUCUGAGAUUGAUUUGCACUUAUCGCACCAAAGUACAUUCAUCUCUAAGAGACAGAACGCAUCUCCUUCCUGAGUGGUAUAAUGGCUGCGUGGUCCCAUGGUGUUUAUACUUGAGUACUAUUGUUUGUACAGAUGAAUGUGGUACCUUCAGGCAUUUGGAAAUUGCUCCCAAGGAUGAACCAGACUUUUGGAGGUCAACCAAUUUUUUUUCUGAGGUCUUGGCUGAUUUCUUUUGAUUUUCCCAUGAUGUCAAGCAAAGGGACACUGAGUUUGAAGGUAGGCCUUGAAAUACAUCCACAGGUACACCUCCAAUUAACUCAAAUGAUGUCAAUUAGCCUAUCAGAAGCUUCUAAAGCCAUGACAUCAUUUUCUGAAAUUUUCCAAGCUGUUUAAAGGCACAAUCAACUUAGUGUAUGUAAACUUCUGACACACUGGAAUUGUGAUACCUUCGCGUCAUUGACCGCACUUCCUCCUUGAGGCGAGAACAACUGGUCGGGCCGCAUUUUAGCGCUGGGAUGAAAAUAUAAAGGGGAGGGACGUCCGGUCCAUAACAACACCAUCACCAGCAAGAUUUGUCCAGCAAUUAAUAGGUGCGCUUGAUUUAGCAAUUCAGCUCGCCCUGCGCGGGUAGGUCAAGAGGGGGGUUUCACUUUGUGACCGUUCCAUUGGUUCUACAGAGCGACGAGGGGACGAAAUCAAUCGCUGUCCAUCAAUCAUCCAAUCACCAGCGCAUGCAGCGUAGACUGUUUUGUCAAGUAGCGCAGACUGUUUUGCCAAGUAGCGCAGUUGGAAAUACUAGUUUGGCAACUAGUGAAUUUAUUCCAGUACAACCUUUCGUUUAGUGCAAACGAUAGCUUACAGAAUCGGAUAUCAACACAACAACCAUGGUAAGAUCAAACUAAUUUAACUGUUUUCUUGACAAGUAAUAGGCCUACCAUGGAAAUAUUACCGACACAUUCGUUUGUGUCAAAUCACAACUCUUUAAACUCUUGAAUAAUUCUAAAAUAUUAUUUCAGAUCAAUAAGAUUUCAGUUCAAUAAGAGUUGAACAUCCAACAUUUUACUUUUGUAACAAGAAGAUCAAACUCCAUUGUGCUUUGGUUUGUACUUCUUUCUCUGUCAGGAUAAAGAGGAGGAGAGGGAAGGGGAACAGCGUGAGCCCGUGGAAGGGUUUUUGGGGGAGAGAAGACCGGUGAGUAAGAUUCUGGGCCAGGUUUCCCAAAAGCAUCUUGAUGCUAAGUUUAUCGUUAGAACCAUAGCAUGGAUCAUGGUUCUAAAGAUGAACUUAGCCUUGAGAUGCUUUUGUUCAAUACUUCAGUUCAACUCCUCUCACCUCCUAUGCCCUAAAUGAAAGCAUCUUGACUAGGCCUUUUUUUAAACCUUGAACUUAAUGUGCAAAGCAUGUUGUCAGGUUGUUACCCACAAAGUACAGUAGUAGGCCCUACAGUAUGUGUAUGCUUAUUAUAUAGAGAGCUAUUUUUUUCUCAUUAGCUGUAGCUCAGGAACUGUGUUGGCAUGGCAUUGUGUCUGAAAUUCUUUCAGGGCAGUUGAUUGAAAAGUAUGUUCCUUGUUAUGUCAGGUAUUCUGGAUGCCCUUUAAGAAUAUUGCAAAACAGCCUGAUUAAUCAACCCACCUGAUACUAAAAAAUAUGUGGAAUUUGGACAGUCCUUCUUAGGUUGUCUGGUGUAUAUUUUGCUUACCAUUUUCGUACACAACACAAGGUUAAUUAUCCACUGUAGACAAGCAAGCACUGUAUACCCUUAGAGUAUAGCCAAGCAAGAAAACAAUACAUAUAGUAGCUAUAGGCAUUCAUUCAUGGAGUCAUUUAAUAUUUGUUUUAAAAUUCUUUCAGAGUAUCAUGAGACUACAGGGGAUGUUGAGGAGAGUCUCCCAAAGUCCCUUCUACAAAUCAUACAGGGUAAACAACAUUGACACACACACACACACACAAGCUCAAAUCAAAAUCAAAUGUAUUUAUAAAGCCCUGUUUACAUCAGCAGAUGUCACAAAGUGCUUAUACAGAAACCCAGCCUAAAACCCCAAACAGCAAGCAAUGCAGAUGUAGAAGCACGGUGGCUAGGAAAAACUCCCUAGAAAGGUCUGAACCUAGAGAGGAACCAGGCGCUGAGGGGUGGCCAGUCCUCUUCUGGCUGUGCCAGGUGGAGAUUAUAAGAGUACAUGGCCAUUAGGGCCAGAUUGUUCUUCAAGAUUCAAAACAUUCAUAGAUGACCAGCAGGGUCAAAUAAUGAUCAGUGGUUGUAGAGGCUGCAACAGUUCAGUACUUCAGGAGUAAAUGUAAGUUGGCUUUUCAUAGCCGAGCAUUCAGAGGUAGAGAGAGAGAGAGGCGGAAACAGCAGGUCCGGGACAAGGUAGUUUGGCGAACAGGUUAUGGUUCCAUAGCUGCAGGCAGAACAGCACCAGGUAGACUGGGGACAACCAGGAGUCAUCAGGCCAGGUAGUCCUGAGGCAUUGUCCUAGGGCUCAGGUCCUCUGGGAGAGAGAGAGAGAAAAUUAGAGGGAGCAUACUUAAAUUCACACAGGACACCAGAUAAGACAGGAAAAUUACACCAGAUAUAACAGACUGACCCUAGCCCCCCGGCACAUACAUUCUCUUUCAGACUCCUAUCCCCUCCACUUCAGAAUCCAGAGAUUGCUCCAUCAAUGACACUCACCUGAAGCAGGUUAGACUGCAUUAUGGGGCAACUGUUAAUGGUAAAUGUUUCUCAUCAAUUCCCAUUUAUUUGUUACCCUAUUUUAUGUUUAAAUCUCUCUCUCUCUCUCUCUCAGAAUGGAAUCAAUCGCAGCUUGUCAAACGAUAAUCCAUUAUUCUCUUAUAUGAAAGUAAGUCUUUAUCAGUGACAUUGCAUUUUCACUAGGUCUCUAACCUACCAUUUGUAUGGUGGUAUGACACAUAUGUACAAAAAUAUUGAUAAUGACUGUUUUGUUUGACUUAUGUGUUCAUUUGCCUACAUGAUGAGUCUGGUGUUGGUCUUUUUAACCCGCAGGAAUCGAGCAGUGUGACUAUUGACGGGGACACUGAGAAUCAGGAUUCAGAGGUUCUACGUCAGCAGAGUUUAGCCACCAUCUUUGCUCCUCCGCCUGAGUUUCAGAGCACAACAGAGGACAUCAAACCUGACAAAAAACAGACAGACAACAACCUUCAGACCACACCAUCUGAUCAGCAGACAUAUAUUUUCAAAACCAUGUCUGAAAGACGGUCACCGGAUCUCUUCAAAACAACACCCCUAACUCAAAACACACCAACAAAUUUGAGCCAUAGUCCUUUAUUUGUCACAACUUCUGAAAGACUGGAGCUUUGGAAAACUCCUUCAAACCAACAGGACCUAUUCAAAACUCUGCCGUCAAAAACACCAGACCCAUUCCAAGUUCCUCCCACCAAGGGAGAGUACCUAUUCAAUGCUCCUCCCACCAAGGGAGAGGACCUAUUCCAAACUCCACCCACCAAGGGAGAUGAUCUUUUCAAUGCUCCGCACACAAAGGGAGAUUACCUAUUCAAAGCUCCGCCCUCAAAAACGGCAGACAUAUUCCAAGCCCCUCCUACCAAGGGAGAUGACUUCUUCCAAGUGCCACCUACAAAUGGAGAUUACUUAUUCAAUGCUCCUCCCAACAAGGGAGAGGACCUAUUCCAAGCUCCUCCAACUAAGGAUCAUGACCUAUUCCGAGCCCCAUUGUCCAUUCAAAAGGACCACUUCCAAUCCACUCCUUCUGACACGCCCAAUCUCAUUCAAGCCACGCCUACUAGGUCAAAUUACUCUUUCCAAACUCCCUCCUCCAAUGUGACACCAGACAUCUUUCAACCUCUGCCUUCCAGGACAUGGGACAUUUUCCAUUCCUCGCCCAAUGACAUCUUUCAGGGUGCCUCUUUCAGUACUCAGUCUACAGUCAAACAGUCCACACCUUUAUUCCAGACUUCAUCAGGGCAGAAAACAGACAUCUUCUCAGGGUCAGAUUUUGAGAAGACUGCUGAGCUCUUCAAUGCAUCACUCUCCAACACGCAGGCUUUCAACCUUGCAACACCCUCUGAUAAACAGUAUGACAUCUUCCUGAUGACCCCUCACGGAACCAAACAUGAUGUUCUCCGACCCAACCAUACUGCUUUGAAACAUGGUACCCUCCAGGCCAGAUCCCUGUCCCCCACGCAGGCUUUAAAUGGUUCCCCCCAGGUAACUUACAAGUGUUUUUCCUCACAUCUUCGUACAGUCUUUGAUAUCCAUGUGACCUCUUCUUCCUUCAUUGCAAAGAGUGACAUGUUGUGAACUCUCAGGUGAAGACCUCCAACAGCCCUCCCAAACCAGCUCCUCGAAAAAGACAGCCCAAGCUACCAAGUCUUGUAAGGACACCACAAUACGUUGAACAGCAGUUAAAUGACGGAACUGUUCUACAACUUUCAGUAGACAAGACGGUGUAGUAUAUGAACAUUGUUAUCUCUCUCUCCGUUGUUGAUCUGAGAAUAACAUUCUGGUUUUACAGGACAACAAAUCGGAGGAGGAGGUCUUCGAGAACAUUCUUCUGACUGGCCAGGUAUCAACAAGAGGGGCACCACUUGGACAGAAUGAGUGUUGAACUUUUAUCUUUGACUGUCUUAUUACUGUGUGUACUGAACUCGGGUAACUUUGUGAAACCCAAAACAGGAGAGGUGUGUGGAGGAUUGGCCUGAAGACAGUCCUGAGCUCAAUCCUGACUGGAAACCUGUAAGAAACAUACUAAUAUAAUGGCUUUUCUACAUGUUCAUUGUUUGCAUUAAAUGAUCAACUCCUUGCCACACUCCUACCUAUAUUACUAUAUAUUUUAUUUAACAUAAAUCUAUUUUACAUUGACUAGCCUAAAAGUUAAUUAAUAACUGUUUGAUGUAUCUUUUUCCCCUCGUCAGUCUGGCAAGCUGAGGCUUAGGAGGGAGUCAAUGAAGGUGAAGGUAAAGUCAUCACAUCAGUUUUUACUGAAAUUUGUGCUUAGUGAUGGUCAGUUGAUACUGCAGGAGUAAAGGUGGAUGGUAUUUCUGUGCCUCACACAUCCUCUCUCCUAUCUCUCGCUCUCCUCUCUCCUAUCUCAGGUGGCAGCAGACUCUGAUGGGGGGAGUGUAGAAGAAGAACUGGAAGAGAAUGGCCCUGCAAAACGUGGGAAAACCGUAUGUCUUACUCUCUGUUUUUGUAUUUGUUUUUGUAGUUAAGUUUCUGAUUUCUUUCUACAUUUAUAUCCCUUUGUUUUGUUUGAAACUUUUUAGACGUUUUCUUUUUUUAUUUCAGAAAAAGUUCAGGGUAUCCUUUCUUUCCAGAAGAGGGUCAAAGGUAAAUCAAACGUUUUAUGAAUUAUGUAGAUAUGUUAUGCUGCUGUAGUCAAUAAACAUGUUUUUAUUCUAUAGGAUAAAUAUUCUGAAGACCUGAAGGAUCGUGACAGCGGCACACUACGUCGAGGAUCAAAGGUGAGGACUGUGUUAUCUUUAAUUAAUUGUAUGUGUGAUUGUGUAUGUAGCUAUAUGGAAAUUCUUAUUGUCAAUGUUUAAUGUGUCAUUUUUUGGUUUAGGAUAGAUUUUCUGAAUCCAAGGAUGGAGAGAGCAAUAGUCUCCGUCGGCGGUCAAAGGUGAGUGUCUUCCUCUGUAAAGAUUGUAAUGAAUUAAGAUGUUUAAUACAGUAUUCAUUACUUUAAUGUGUUGUCCAGGAGGGCUUUCUGGAUGAAGACUUCCCAAAGAAAGGGGUAGAUGUCUUCUCUGCAGAUUACGAAGAUAAGGAGAAUUACAUGGAGCACGGCAAGCCGGUAUUUCAUAUUUUUAACCAGUUCGUUUUGAAAGUCUGUUUGUUGUGCAACUUUCAUUCAUUUAGUAUCGUAAGUGUUUAAACUUCCUUUCCCCUCAACAGAAGAAAUCAUUCAAAUUCAAAAUGCCCCUUGUGCAUCGCAGAGGAUCUAAGGUAUAAUUGAAUAUAUAAUUUAGGGAAGGGGUGUUUAAAUAAUAUAACAAUUUGUUAGAAUAACAUUUAUUUUUUAUUUUUAGGAUCGAUUUUCAGCUGAACGUCUUGAAAAAGCUUCAGGCCUACAUUCGCCUCAACAUAGAGCUAAGGUAUAAUUUUUUAUAUCUGUGUGUUUGUAAACAAAAAGAGCAAUAUAUUGGUGUACAAAAUCUGAAUUGACAUAUUCCUGUGGUGCGUUUUCCAGGAGGGCUUGCUAGAUGAUGACUUUCCUCAGAAGAAAGCAGGUUUCAUAUCUGCAGGGGAGAAUGAAGAUGAAGAAUGGAAUGGGAUGGAAGACUGCAAACAGGUACCUAUCUUCUUUAUAUUUCUAGUUUUUUGACAAAAGUGCCGGUCUUAACACUGAUCCCUGUGGAACACCACAUAUGGUUUGUUGUUUAACAGCCCGUGGGUUUGGAUGAGAACUCUGAAGAGGAGGCAGAAGAACGUGAUGGGACGGGUGCAUUUGUAUGUUUUUUCUCAUGCUUAUCACUUUUAGGAAAUUGACAACUAUAUCGUAUGAGUUUUGUUUUGAAAAAGAUUGUUUCAAUCUCAAUGAUAUAAGUUUUAGACAAUCUUUUUUUUUUUUUAACAGGAAAAAAGUAAACGGGUCAAAAUUAAGUUUGUGCCUCAGAGAGGGUUCGCAAUCUGCCUCGAAAAGGUAAGGAGGGAAACGUGUACAGGAGGCUAAAUGCACAUGCUUUUGUAUUCAUGCAAUUAUUAAAUGUUAAUGCUAAGAAUGUUUUAUUGUAGAGUUCCCAGGAUGAACCAACAGGCGCUCGUGGAUACACACCUCGCAGAGGCUCAAAGACGCUUCAUGUAUGUAUAUACUGUGUGUGAAAAUACUUGUGACAAACACAAUAUAUUCGUUUCUAUACACUUUUUUUCCUUUUGCCCAUAUGCAGUAAUCAUGAGUGUUUGUGGUAAUGUGUUUCUUAGGAGAAACCUCUUGUUGAACUUAAAGGUGCCAAUGGUUAUACACCCCGCAAGGAGUCCAAGGUACUGCGAGUUUCUAUGCAUGAACUCUAUGUACACAGUACUAUGUACAGUCAUAUUUUAGUGCUUCAACAUUUCUUUAUUCUUUUGUAGGUUAGUAUUUUUGAGGAAACAGAAGAAGUGAAAGGCUACGUCCCUCAGUCACACCCCAAGGUUGUGUGUGUGUCUGUGUCCUAAUUGUCUGUGUAGUUGUAUUUGUGCCAACUCAAAUUAUUCUAUGCUGUACAUGCUGUUCAAUGUACAAAGAAAAUGUAACAUGACAGCAUAAAUGUUUAAUUUAUUUCAUGUUUUUCUUUCAGCAGAGCUUUUUGGAUGAUUACUUACCUGAGAAGGGGGCAUGUUUCUUCUCGGCAGGAGAGGUAGAAGAAUAUCAACAGAAUGUGAUGGAAGACUGCAAACCGGUACUUCUCUCUUUCUUUCACAUCCCUCACUUCCACUGGCUGCAUUUUAUUUAACCUAAUGACAUGAUAAGCAUUGUUUUACUUCUACAGAAGAAACCGUUCAAAUUAAAAGUCCUACAUAUGAAUCGUCGGAAAUCUGGGGUAAGGUUUCUGUGUGGUUGUGCUUUGUUUCUAUUUUUGGGUAAGACCGUUUUCUUUAUAGAACAAGAUGGUCAAGUUGUGAAUGUUAGUGCAUUCUUUUUCAUUCUUACAGAGUGCCGAGGAGAAUCCACAGAUUAGUAGUACACAACAGUACUCCCCACAAAGGAGAUCAGAGGUUCACUUAUUAUUAUUUUAGUUUUCCAUUUGAGCAAAUUUGGAUGCACCGUCUAUUUACAAGUUAGAUACUUUAGAAGUUGGGACUCAAUACAUGUCUCUUGUUUUUGUCCAGGAGGGCUUUCUGGACAGUGAUGUGCCUCAGAAGGGAGCAGAUCUCUUCUAUGCAGGACAGAUGGAAGAUGAACAGAACGAGAUGGAAGACUGGAAACCGGUACUUCUCUUUUCCAUUAUACCGUCGAACCUUCUCUUCUUAAACUUUGGAUGGAUUCCACUCAUGCUCUGAAUGUCCUCUCUCUUCAACAGAAGAAACCUUCGAAAUUUAAGAACCGACUUGCAAGUCGGCGGAAGUCAAACCCAAUCCAGGUAAUUAAGUUUGUGUAGGCCUUCUGAGUGGAUGGUCUGUUUAUUAGAAACCUUUUUUAUAUUUCUAUUUUAACAGAUGUACAUUGCCAUUAUUGGCCAAUAAAGAACAUCUGUAUUUUUAAGUCUGCUUUCAUUCCUUUAUUCUAGGAAACAUUUCUACAUGAAAAGUCACAGAUUGGUUCAGAGCGCUACACACCUCGACGAGCAUCCCAUGUGAGGGCAUUUCUAUUGGUCCAAAGAUAUGUCUUUUGUGCAUACUUUACAUGUUGCUAGUGUUAGUGUUGACUUAUUCCUGUGGUAUGUUUUCCAGGAGGGCUUUCUGGAUGAUGGCACUUCUCAGAGGAGGUCAGAUCUCUUCUCAGCAGGAGGGAAUGGAGAAGAUGAUGAACAGGAUGAUAUAGAAGACUGCAAACCGGUACUACUACUUUAUAUCCAUCUUUUCUUCAUUAACUCUGUGAUUUAACCCAUUUAUUAAUCUAUAUCCCAUCUUUCCUCUACAGAAGAAAUCAUUCAAAUUUAAAGCCCCUCAUAAGCAUCGCAAAGGAGCUAAGGUAAUUGUGUGUGUGUGUGUGUGUGUGUGGUGUUACUUCCGUAUGUUUACUGAUGUUAGUGUCUGUUUCUCUCUCUCUCUCAGAAUAAAGUGAGAGAUGGAGGGAUGACUGAGUACCCACCAGGAGCUACAUCUAGUGACUACUACUUUUCAGAGGCUGCAGAGGUACACACACAAGAACACACGCCCAACGUGUACAUUUGUGCCGACUCAUUGUCCUGUUUUGGAGACAGACCUGAAACGACUGAACUUAGAAUACCAUGGGUAGUUGCCAAAUUAUAGAGGAUGAGUCUUGUAUGACUAACAUAAUGGCAUUAAAAAAGCCACAUGCCCAUGUUGUUGUUAAAAACUAUGGUAUGGACCUGGCUGGGUUCUCUCUCUCUCUCUCUCUCUUCUAUCAGUCAUUCCAGGGCCUUAGGGCAAUUGAGUGGCACAUUCCCUUCAGUCAUGUAACUGAACCGGAUCUGCUGCAUACUGUAAGAGGGAUUUUAACUCCUCAGGAGAAAUAGGCCUCAAAGAGGGAGAGGGAGAGAAAGCUGACAAAGGCCAUGGUUAUCAUAAAAGGCAAUGCAGACUAUCCCUUUAUAAUGAUGGUAAGGUAUGCACAGCAAAGAGAUUAAAACUCAACGAACAAUAAUCUCUCCUACACCCUCUCUCACUUCUUUCUCACAUUGUCCCCUCUCUCUCUUUCUCAUUCUCUCCCUUUUCGCCCCCUCUCUUUCUCUCCCUCUACCGCUCUCUUGCAGGCUGAGUGGCGUUCUGCUCAGAUUGACGAACAGCUUGCAGAAGGUCUGGAGGAUGAGGAGGAGGAAGAGGGGGUCAGUAUUUGAAGAGUCAAAUGUCACUCACAAAUCACCAUUUGCCCUAUUUCAAUGGUAAUAGUUUGAAAAUGUGACUGUGUGAAAGCAAGUCCAGAGAUUAUAUCAGUGUUGCUCUGUUGUCUCACAGGACACUGACAGCUUGAUGGAGUGGUGGAACACUGUGGAACGUGAGUCAUACACACAUGCACACAUACACGUGCGUACACAUACACAUGUGUGUGCACACAGUUUGUAAUCUGGGGAUUGUCUUGUCUCAGAAUGGGAUGAGCUGCCGUCAGAUGAUGAAGACAAGACGGUGAAGGACGAUGAGACCAGGUAUGUCCUCUGUGUGCUGAUAACAACAUAAGCCAUAGUAAUCAGUAGUCACUCUUGAAACAUUGCUGAUGUGUAAAUACUUGUUUUUUUCUGCCUCUCUCUCUCUCAAGGUCGUUCACCCUACUGGCAGAGAAGGUGCACCGCGGCCUGAGUGUCUUCAACAAGGUGUUCACGGAGCGUGCCGAGGUCCUCUGGCAGUACGUCAUCAAGCUCCACGCCCUUGCCGACGACAUCACCUCCUUCCAUAAGAAGGCCAAGAUCGGCAACAUCACCGGCGGCACCACUGCCGCAGUUGGGGGCGGCGCAGCCAUCGUCGGCCUGGCCCUCGCCCCCUUCACCUUUGGCGCCUCGCUCAUCAUCACGGCUGUGGGCGUCGGAGUGGCAGCGGCCGGCGGGAUCACGUCGGCCUCGGCGACCAUCUCGGACAACGUGAACAACAUGCAGGACAGGAAGAAAGUGGAGGUGGUUCUGGAGGAUUAUGAGGCGAGGAUGGAGGAAUUAGUGAAGAUCUUGAGGUUUGUGUGCCAGGGGCUGUAUAGACUCAGGGGGCAUCCUCUCCUCCGGAGGGGAACCCAGCACUACUCUGGAGACUGGGAGGUCCGCAGGGCCGUUCACAUGGUCAGCCUAGUGGAUAGACCAGUGUUGAGGGCCACAGAGGUAACAGAAGGAGCUGCUGUGGCCCUCAGGGGCCUCUUCAAAGGAAUGGAUAAAUACUUCACCAAGGACUCCCGUGAGCUGAAGAAAGGGUUUAAGAAAGAGGUGGUGUUUAAGAUUAGGCAGGUAGCUCAGGUGCUGUAUGAGGGCCUGGUGGAGCUGAAUGCUAUCAGGGAGGAGCUGCAGGAUGCUAAUGGCAAUAUAUAA